UAAAACCCUAUUACACUUAGAAGCAGAAGCUGGUUAAGGUAAGCAAAACGGCGGAACCCAGCUUCAAGCUCUAACCGAAACAACAUAGAAGAAAUUUCUCACUCACGGUUCCUCUCUCAAGCAAUCAAGAAAGAAAGAAGGUUUGUUAGGGCAAAUAAAUCAAUAACGAAAAACCCAGAAACCGCAAAGAUUCACGUUUUCAAGAUGGAGGACAAUGAUAAAACGAAGGGUGGAGGAAGAGGUAUUGGUAGGGGUAUUUGUAAAGGUAAGAGAGGUAGGGCCACUACUACUUUGUCACAAUCUAUUAAUGGCCAGCCUACAAAUACUGAACUUCCUCAUUCCACUUUUACCCCCCAUCUUUCACCCGAGAGAUUUAAGGGUACCACUAUUUUGUCACAAACUAUAAAUAGGCAACCUACAAAGCAAUCCACUCCUAACCCUCAUGUUUCAUCAGAAAAAGGUAGAGGUACGACUACUUUGUCACCAUCUAUUGUUGGCCAACCUACAAAUUCUUCCACUUCUCAAAGAGCCACACAUUCUCAAUUUCAACACUCAACUCCUAGCCCUCAUGUUUCAUUUGAAAGAGGUAGAGGUACCACUACCUUGUCACCAUCUAUUGUUGGCCAACCUACAAAUUCUUCCACAUCUCAUAGAGCCACAGAUUCUCAAUUUCAGCACUCCACCCAUAGCCCUCAUAUUUCCUCCUCAGUUAGUCCACCUAUUUCUUCUACACCUAGUCUGUCACAUGUCCCAUCAACUGCUGCAUCCGGUGAUGAUCCACAUGUAUCAUCAUCCCAUGUCGAUUCACCUCCACAAAUUGGAAGUAAGGACCCUACUGAUGGACGAAUUUGGAUUCGUCCAGGUCCACAAAAGACAUUUGACCCUGCAAUUCAGCCUACGCGUGAGAUUGCAAAAAUUAUCAAACGUAAGUUUGUAGUGUCUUGGGCAAACUAUGGAGAAAUGAAGGGCGAUGAUGAAUAUAAAGUUGUGAACAAAUUGUGGUUUGGAGAGUUUGAGAGAAAGUACAAGUGGCUACCUGAACACAAGGAAGAAAUUAAGAAGAUAUUUGAUCAUAAAGCCUCUGAUGUAUACUCAAACACAAUGUAUAGGGUGAGAAAGAAUAUUGAUCCGGGUGAUUGGAUUCCUAUUGAAACGCGCAAGAUAUUAGAAGAAAAAUGGAAUGAUGAUAAGUGGAAAAGAAAGUCACAAAUUAACACUCAUAAUAGAAGAUCUUCGGAUGGCCCACUACACACAGGAGGAUCAAUUCCAACAACCGAGCACUAUAAGAGACUAAAAAAAUCCUCAGAUACAAAUCCAACUUGUUGGGAGUUAUUUCAAAAGACACACAGAGUAAAGGGUAACCCAAACAAGUGGGUUUCUUCAAAAUCAGAGAUGGUUGCUAAUGAGUAUGAAAAAAGGAUUAUUGAGAGGGACUCACAAGAGGCACCUGGAGAUGAUGUUUCUAGUCAUCAAUCUGACAACAUUAUCUUCUUAGAUGUUGUUGGAGGAGUGGACAAGAAAGGUCGUAUAUAUGGUUUGGGACCAGAAGCAGCAAAGUACAAGUCAUCUGGAUCUUCCAUAUCUGACGGUAUCUCACUAACUGAAUAUGAACACAUGAAGACUGUUAUUUCUGAUUUGUCUGUUGAAAACAACACCCUUAAAGAGAAACUCAAGACUCAUGAGGAUUUAAUUCGUGCAUCACAAGAAGACUCACGUUUGCUUAGAGAACAAUUAUUCCGAUUUAUGGAAAGUUUUUCUGGAGGUCAUCAACCUCACCGUUCGGCUCAAAAUCCGUCUCCACCCACUUCUUGAAAUACACUACUAAAUUGUAGUGAACUCACUUUUGUUUGUCAUGACUUAGUUUCAAGAACAAUGAUAGUACUAUUUUCCUUGUAAUUUCUUAAUUUUAAGAUCUUUUUUUGAACUUGUAGUUGUAAUAUUUAAUGUCAACGAAAAAAU